AUGGGUUUCCUCGAUUUCGUCAGCGACGGAGCGACCGCUCUCCUUGACAACUGGGUCAAGACUCGCUCAUACAUUGUUGGCUACGGCCCAACUCAGGGUGAUGUCAAGGUCUUCCAGGCCCUGAAGUCUGCCCCAGACGCCGCAAAGUACCCACACGCCGCUAGAUGGUACAAGCACACCGCCACCUUCGAGCCAGAGUUCUCUUCGCUCCCAGGUGACCCAAGCAAGGCCGCUACUGCAUACGGGCCCGAGUCACAGGAGUUGCCAGUGAACCCAGCCAAGGCCCCGGCCGCGGAGGAGGAGGACGAUGAUGAGGUCGACCUUUUCGGCUCCGAUGACGAGGAGGAGGAUGCUGAGGCUGUUCGCAUCCGCGAGGAGCGAUUGGAGGAGUACAGAAAGAAGAAGGAGGGCAAGGUCAAGCCAGCUGCGAAGUCUAUCGUCACACUCGAUGUCAAGCCAUGGGACGACGAGACCGACAUGARGGCGCUCGAGGCGUCUGUGCGCGGUAUCGAGCAGGAAGGCCUCGUUUGGGGUGGCUCUCAGCUCGUUGCUGUCGGAUUCGGCAUCAAGAAACUCCAGAUCAACCUGGUCGUUGAGGACGACAAGGUCUCGACCGAUGAGCUCCAGGAGACCAUCCAGGAGUUUGACGACUACGUCCAGUCCACUGACGUUGUCGCCAUGCAGAAGUUGUAA